GCAUUAAAUGCCUCUUUUCUUGCCGCUCUAGUCCCAGGGAUGGUAAACUACCAGGUUACCCCGAACCUUUCUAGGCCUUCGAGCCAGCCCUUGCCCUCGCGUGAGAGGCGGGGAUCCUUUAGCGCUAAAGGGACUCGCACUUCUGAUUGGGCAUGACGUCUUGUCAAUCUCCAAGUUUUUCCAAUCAGGGGCCGAGUCCGCCCCGCUUUCCGCUCUUCCAUUGGCCUGUGGGAGGGGAAGGUGGGGAAGAGGGGGUAAACCGAGGUCGCGCGAGAGCGGCUCUCGGCACUCAGUGCGCAGGUGCGGAGGGGCUGGCUGGGGCCCGGGCCGGGGGCGGGCCAGAAGACGCGUCGUUUGGUUUUGGAGACUGUGGCAGAGCAAUCUGGUUUCGACCUCUGGGCGGAAAGCGUUUGUCAGGGGCACAUCCUAGAACGAAGGUUGUGAGAUUCCCGAUGGUGUCCAUGACUUUCAAACGGAGCCGCAGCGACCGGUUCUACAGCACCCGGUGCUGCGGCUGUUGCCAUGUCCGCACCGGGACGAUCAUCUUGGGGACCUGGUACAUGGUGGUAAACCUAUUGAUGGCAGUUUUGCUGACUGUGGAAGUAACUCAUCCAAACUCCAUGCCAGCUGUCAACAUUCAGUAUGAAGUCAUUGGCAAUUACUAUUCAUCGGAAAGAAUGGCUGAUAAUGCCUGUGUUCUUUUUGCCGUCUCUGUUCUUAUGUUUAUAAUCAGUUCAAUGCUGGUAUAUGGAGCAAUUUCUUAUCAAGUUGGUUGGCUGAUUCCAUUCUUCUGUUACCGGCUUUUUGACUUCGUUCUCAGUUGCCUGGUUGCUAUCAGUUCUCUCACUUACUUGCCAAGAAUCAAAGAGUAUCUGGAUCAAUUACCUGAUUUUCCCUACAAAGAUGACCUCCUGGCAUUGGACUCCAGCUGUCUACUCUUCAUUGUUCUUGUGUUCUUCGCCUUAUUCAUCAUUUUUAAGGCGUAUCUAAUCAACUGUGUUUGGAACUGCUAUAAGUAUAUUAACAACAGAAACAUGCCAGAGAUUGCUGUGUACCCUGCCUUUGAAGCACCUCCGCAGUAUGUUUUGCCAACCUAUGAAAUGGCCGUGAAGCUGCCCGAGAAGGAGCCACCGCCUCCUUACGUACCUGCCUGAGGAGAUCCUGCCUUUGUCAAUAAACCCUAUACCAGCUUUUUGUCUCGUUUAUUGUACAAGAUGCUGCAGUACAGGGCUCUUCAGACUUGUUUGAUAUAAAAUUCAUUUUCCUUUGUUGAAGCAUUUAUUUUCAAACACUAACAAGCUUUUUGGACAUCUAUUCAAAGUCUUUUUUUUUUUUUGUCGUUAAGUCUAUACAUUUUAAUAGUUUUUGGAGACAAUCUAGGUUAAGCGAGAGCAAAGUGCCAUUGUUUGCCUUUAUUGGGGGGUGGGAUGGGGGUAUUCUCUACACAUUUUCUUUUUUAACUUUGCACUUUCUUUAUAUAAUAGUUUGCAUUUUGGUUAUUUGCUGCCCUGGAUACUUUCAGGAAGAAUGACUUAAAUAUUCGGGGUGAGUGAGUUGGAUAUAAGAUCUGAAGUUUUCAGCUAUGGAAACAGGAAAAAUACAUAACCUUUUAACUUGACUGUGGAAGAUGAUGGUUGCAUGUUUCUAAUUUGUAUGUGUUUCCAUCUUUGUGAUAAGAUGCUUUAAUAAAUCUCUUAAAUAUUUA